AUGUGUUUGAGCUCAACGAAAUAUAAAUGGGUUUCAGUGUUCGCACUUCUCCUGGCUUGCUCAGCUGCUGCACCAGUUGAAGAUGGCUUACUUGUUAAUGGUGAUUUCGAGACUGCUCCAUCUGGAGGCUUCUCUUCAGAGGCUGUAUUUUUUGACGGUCCCUCCACAAUUCCCGGCUGGAAAUCCAAUGGAACGGUGGAGCUAGUAGAGUCAGGGCAAAAACAGGGCGGGAUGAUUCUCAUUGUACCACAGGGUAAACAUGCGGUGCGACUUGGCAAUGAUGCUGAGAUAAGCCAAGAAUUGAAAGUCGAAAAGGGCUCACUUUAUUCUGUGGCAUUCAGCGCAGCGCGCACGUGUGCCCAGCUAGAGUCUUUGAAUGUUUCAGUUCCCCCAGCGUCUCAGACCAUUGAUUUGCAGACUCUGUAUAGUGUACAGGGAUGGGAUUCAUACGCAUGGGCAUUUCAGGCAGAUGAGGAAGAUGUGCGGGUGGCGUUUAGAAAUCCCGGAAUGGAAGAUGACCCCACCUGUGGCCCAAUCAUCGAUGCCGUUGCUAUCAAGAAGAUCUAUGUUCCGGACAAACUGAAAAACAAUGCAGUUGUUAAUGGUGAUUUCGAGGAAGGCCCAUGGAUGUUCAGAAAUGCUUCUCUUGGCGUUCUACUCCCAACCAACCUCGACGAUGAGACAUCAUCAUUGCCCGGCUGGAUAGUUGAAUCAAAUAGAGCAGUACGUUAUAUCGACUCGUACCAUUUCACAGUUCCAGGUGGCAAACGAGCCAUUGAAUUACUCUCUGGCAAGGAAGGGAUCAUCUCCCAGAUGGUGGAAACCAAACCGAACAAACCUUACACGAUGACAUUUUCAUUAGGCCACGCCGGGGAUGCCUGUAAGCGACCACUAGCCAUCAUGGCUUUUGCUGGUGAUCAAGCCCAAAGCAUCCAUUACACUCCCAACUCGAAUUCCACAUUUCAGACCUCGAAUCUUAACUUUACGGCCAGGGCAGAACGGACACGCGUUGCUUUUUAUAGCGCUUAUUACAACACGAGAACUGACGACAUGAGCUCUCUGUGCGGUCCGGUGGUGGAUGAUGUGAGAGUAGAGCGGUCUGCUUCUUACAAAAUUAGGCUAGGAAUUGAGUUGAUCUUGUUUUUUGGCUUUCAUCUGUUUGUUCAAGCUUAA